AAUUCCAGCAGCUUCCAUUCCGAUCAAAGAAGGCUGGUAAAGGACUUCAGGGCAUCGGAAACGCUCAGCACCAAUAGUAAUCACUUGUCCAUCGGGCAGUUCAUAGUUCUUCUCGACAGAGGAGCCUGUCUCGAGUUCCGAGCAAGUCAUGUCGUCGUCGCUGCCGCCGCCACAAUCACCGUUGCCAUCUGAUUAUGGAGGAUCCUCAAGCGAAUCGGAUUGUCCGCCGUCGUUGAAGAAACAAAAGGUGGAUGAGGAAGAUGGAGAAUCCAGCGAUUACGAAAGUCUGGAUCCUUUAUCCCCUCUUUCAGAUGAAAGCUGUCCCAACUGGGAUAUCGAAGAAGCAAAUGAAGAUUUAUAUUGCCCUAUCGAUCCCAAUGAUAAAAAGGUGGAUAAAGCUGUUUGGGAUAGGUACUUCCAACAGAUCCGUGAGAGUGAGGGAUUUGACAUUAAAGAUUAUCCCGGUUCGUGUCCACUGACUACCAUAUUCCCCAUGGUAAACUACUUAAAAGCUCUUGCUCGUGUCGAAAAUGAAAUGUUGAAGGGUUAUACUGCAAAGGCACUUGAGCAUUACAAUAACAAAAAUGGCACUAAAUAUGAGGUCGACCAUAUUCUCAAGGUUAAUGUAUGUCCCGGUCGAUACUACAUAUUCUAUAUUACCCUUUCGGUCAAGAAUGGCGAGGAGGGAUAUUUUCAAGCUAAGGUGGUGCGGGAUAUAGAUCAAUCUUUGGAUUUUCCAGUCGUUAGGCCAAGGGUGAAGGGAGGUUUGGACAUAUAGUGAUGUGAAGUCUCUGCAUCCUUUUGGCUUUGUGUUAACUUUUUUUGAUUUUGGACAACAUUAAUAGUAAAUUGCCCUCCUUAGUUAGUUUGUCGUUAUGGUUUAGUGCAAAGUUGUUGUGUUUUAGUUGCAAUUUAGUAGCUUUAGACAGCAGAAUGGUGAUUCUAACAACAACUCAGGUUGGGUAAUCACUUGAGUAUAAAUAUUUUGACCAUUCAUUGAUAUAUGCCAUGACCAUUUUCUUGGUGUUGUUGAAAUUAUUGUCAAGUUGUUGUCCUUUUGUUGCAUGUCAGUGGCUUUCGAUCAUUUACUUAUAACUGGUUCUCGACCCUUUUGAGCCUUUUCCUGUUAUUGUGAAA